UUAUUAUUGUUAUAAUAAUUAUCAUUAUUACUGCUGAGAUCAUUAAUGGGAUUUUUAUUAAUGCCGCCUUCAUAUUAGAGGACAGAUUGCCAAGCUUGAUGUUAAACACGUACUGCAGGUGAGGAGAACAUCUGGCUCAUGAAUGACCGUUGACACCAUGGGUUUACACUCUGCCCAGAAGAAGCACUUCCCCCUGCGGGGGAUCGACGGUGUGGUUCAGCUGUUCGAUGCCGAGCUCCGCAAGUCUGAGCCAGACCUAGCCCUUCUUUCCCUGGUCCUGGGUUUUGUCGAGCACUUCCUGGCUGUGAACCGAGUCAUCCCCAUAAACGUUCCAGGGGUACGGUUUGAACCGCUGGAGCCAGACUGCCCCAACUCCUGCUUCCCCACGGUGGAGCUGGGUAUGAUCUCUGCACUGUAUGAACGUUUCACGGCCCAGAUCCGUGGCGCGGUGGAUCUGUCCCAGUACCGGAGGACUGCUGCAGGGUCCAGCAGGGAGCUGGUGAAGAAGGUGUCAGAUGUGAUCUGGAACAGUCUCAGCCGCUCAUACUUCAAAGACCGGGCACACAUCCAGUCUCUCUUCAGUCUCAUCACUGGUACCAAACUGGACAGCUCUGGGGUGGCGUUUGCGGUGGUGGCAGCCUGCCAGGUCCUAGGCCUGAAGGAUGUCCACCUGGCACUGUCUGAGGACCACGCUUGGGUGAUUUUCGGCAAGAAUGGCGAAGAGACCGCUGAAGUCACCUGGCAUGGAAAGGGCAAUGAGGACCGACGAGGACAAACGGUCACAGCAGGAGUCAAUGAGAAAAGCUGGCUGUAUCUGAAGGGCUCCUACAUGAAAUGUGACAGAAGCAUGGAGGUGGCCUUCAUGGUUUGUGCUAUCAAUCCCUCACUGGACCUACACACUGACAGCUCUGAGCUCCUGCAGCUACAACAAAAGCUCCUGUGGUUGCUGUAUGAACGAGGUGACCUGGACAGGUAUCCCAUGGCCAUGGGCACUCUGGCAGACCUUGAGGACCAGGAUCCUAUCCCAGGCAAAGAGAGCCCCCUGAAAAUCCACCUCAAGGCUGUGACUUCGGCUCAGAAGCACUACAACAACGAGCACAUCUACCCCUACAUGUACCUGGCUGGUUUCCACUACAGGCACAGGGACGUGCGGGAGGCGUUGAAGGCCUGGGCUGAGGCGGCUCAGGUCAUGCAGGACUAUAACUACUUCCGUGAGGAUGAGGAGAUCUACAAAGAGUUCUUCGACAUCGCAAACGACGUGAUCCCCACUCUACUGAAGGAGACGGCCACUGUCGACAGUCCUGGGGAGGGAGGAGAUGGAGGAGAAGGAGCUGACAAGGAGCACCCCAAACAGGCCUCAGCGUUCUCUGCACUCCAGGACCCAGAGUGCUUUGCCCACCUGCUGUGCUUCUAUGAUGGCAUCUGCAAAUGGGAGGAGGGCAGUCCCACACCGGUCCUUCAUGUGGGCUGGGCCACCUUCUUGGUCCAGUCUCUGAGCCGCUUUGAUGCUCAGGUGCGCCAGAAGGUGUCGAUCAUCACCAAAGAGCCAGAGUCCCAGGAUGACGAUGACCAGUCCAGCGAAGACCCCCGGGAGGGCCGUCGACGAGGCCCCAGGAGGGAGUCCAAGCUGGAGGAGCAGAACUCACCUCCUCCUGCUGCUCCCACCUCCCCGCCCACCCAGCAGGCGGCAGCAUCUCAGCCCAAGAAGGUAGGAGAGGGAGGGGGCCGCCGCCGUUCCUCACAGAGCCUACGGGGUGGUGACACUGAAGGAAAACCCAAAUCCCCCAGCCCGGAUUCUGCAUCCUCGCCCUUGUCCCAGCAGCAGGUGUCCCCCUCCCCGGCCGGCCCCGUCGUGGUCUUUCAGAGUGAGAAGAUGAAGGGAAUGAAGGAACUGCUGUGCGCAGCCAAGGUGAACUCCAGCGCCAUCAAACUGCAGCUCACCGCCCAGUCACAGGUCCAGAUGAAGAGGCAGAAGAGCACACCAGCCGGGGAUUACUCCAUGUCCUUCAUGAAGCGGCAGCGCAAAUCGCUCUAGACGCCGUCGACCGUCGUGGGAGGAGCCGUCGAGAAUCUGUACGAUUUACUGUGAACAGCAGCACGGACACCAGAUGAACCUCGCGUUUGUUUGUGAACCUUUAAACCAGUGUUUUCAUCCAGAGGUCCUCUUCAGUGAAUAAUUCCUCAUAGUUCAUAGCAAUAUUACUUGACUUGCACAGAUGAUCUCGAGUUUUGACGUCAUAUAUCAGGUUUGAACUGAAAUUUAUUUGAUUGUAACCUUCACUCAUCGUUAGUUCGUGUAUCAAUUGGCAGCCAAUUGCGCACUGACUAUUAGCUUCUCGUCGACUUUCAUGCGGAUGUUUGAAGCCAAAGUAACGAGGAAGACCAGAACUCAACGUACAGAUGUGUAAAUAUCAGCUCGUACCGUUAGGAACCUGUUCAUAACUGAAGCCUUGGAAGUGAUUAAUUUAGGAUAGUUACUGUGUAACAUUGUCCACCUCUGCUCUAUCGACAGCUUCUUUCUUGCUAGCUCUAUGUUGCCUUACUUUGCGUUUGCUCUUUUCUAAGGUAGGUGGCCUUUAGUUUUGAGAGUUAGCGGAGUUAGGCCUAUUUUUUAAUGAUUAGAGAAGACCAGGAAGACCAUGCACUGUUGAGGCAGAGCCACAUUAGGUGGCCCUGCUCCAUCCUAUUUGCUUGAUGACUUGUGGUUUUUGUUCUUGUUUUGUAUCUGCAAGUAAUAAAGACCUGAUGACAACA